AUGGAAGGCGAGGGGGAACCUCCCCCACAGCCCCAAAGGCGCAGCAGGCGCGCAGUGCCGGUGGUGGACAGACAGCUAGCCGAGAGAAAUAUUUUCUCCGGUGAGCCGCCGCGCCCGCUACCGUCCAUCCGCACGAUGAGUGCGCAACAACGCUCCGGCAGACGAUCGUCGGAAGCGUCCAUCUACUCGAGCACCGAGGACGACGAGGAGGAGGAGACAGCCUCGGAACCAAUCACCAUCCGACAGCAGCCGCAGCCACGGGCAAGCGGAAGUGGAGAAAUCGCAGGGGGCUCAUAUUUCUAUGCAGCCCCCGCAGAUUAUACCCUACCGCCACGCCAGCCGAAGGCGCAGCGAAGACACACCCCACCCGAGACGGAGGCGUCCCUACUGGAAAAGAGGCUAUCG